GGUCUUUCACAGUUGGUGACGAGUAUUAUGAAAAUGGCCUCGACCCUGCCCGUAAGCACGGUACACCGGAGAAGAUGACGAUGUUGAGCUUUUUAAGUCGGUUGAACACCAAAGUGUCUUCUUUGAACACGUAGAUAAGAGUGAAGUGAACAAGAACAAACAGACUCUGGGCAGAGAAACGACUAAAAAUACCACAGACCACCGCAUAUUUUCGCAGGGCUGCGGAGCCGCUAUGGAGGAUAUCAACUCAAAUAUCAACGCGGACCUGGAGGUGCGGAAGCUCCAGGACUUGGUGAAGAAACUCGAGCAGCAAAAUGAACAGCUUCGGAGUCGGUCUACGAUGUUGUCCUCGUCCGGAGCGAUGUCAGGGCACCACAGACCCCUCAGCGACGGAUACGACCCAUCGUCCCUGUCAGCGGGGAUGGCAGCCGGUCUGGCCGGCUUCCCUGGGGUGGGGUUCGUCGGGACGGGAGGCUACGGUGGGCUGCUGGAGAAUAACCGCUGUUUGAGCCCCAGACUGUCAUACGACGGUAUCAGCUUCAGGAGGGCGUAUGAAUAUGAGGGGGCAUCGGCUGCCGCCUCUGUGUCGAGUAUGAACUCACUUUAUUCAGACACCACCGGGGCUUUUACAGACGAAGGGGAAACAUCAAUCCUAGACGAAGUGGAAAUCUUAGAUCUCGAAGACAUGGACUGUCUACACGAAGACGAGGACAGCUGGCUAUAUGAGGCGAAACUGAACAGUCCCCUGCAGAAAACCUUGAGUCCUAUCGUGUGGUGCCGCCAAGCUCUUGACAACCCCAGUCCUGAGAUGGAAUCAGCCAAGCGCUCACUCAUCCACAGACUGGACCUCACCCUGUCAGCCAACAAGCGCAGGAGCCUGUAUGGAAGCCCCUACAACCAGCAGGGUUAUGGAAGUCCAUAUAGCACAAACGCAGCCAACAGUCCUUAUAGCAGUGGCUUCAACUCCCCCUCCUCAACCCCCAGCAGAGUGCCCAUAGUCAGACAGCAACUAAUGCCUGGGAAUGCAGUACACCAGCGAAACGCAGCAGCAGAGAGGAAUCCUCCAGCUAUAAGCCCGCAGUCAUCAGUGGACAGUGAGCUGAGCACCUCAGAGAUGGAUGAGGACUCAGUGGGCUCCUCCACUACAUACAAACUCAAUGAUGUCACUGAUGUCCAGAUACUGGCACGCAUGCAGGAAGAGAGUUUGAGACAGGAUUACGCAGCAACAGCAUCCAGGCGGAGCUCAGGUUCGUCCUGCCACUCGUUGCGGCGCAGCACCUUCAGCGACCAGGAGUUAGACGCACACAGUCUGGAGGACGAUGAGGAGGCGGUGCACCCAGCCUUCCACCUUCCCUCCAACCGUUUCAGCCCCUCCCCUCGACACUCUCCCCGGGCCUCCCCCAGGAAUUCGCCCCGCUCUCGCUCCCCUGCCCGAUCUAUCGACUACAGCCACAGCCGCGGCUCGCCUCAGCCCAUCAUCAGCCGCCUGCAGCAGCCUCGCCACUCGCUGCAGGGGCACGGGCACGACCUGCAGACCAACGUGGUGAAGAAUGAAGGUAAGGAAGAAAAGUUGCGUCGUAGUCUUCCCAACCUCACGCGCUCCUCGGCGACAACGGCCCAGGGCCCGGAGCCCGUCAAGAACAGCCGCAGCUGCGAGUCCAACCUGCAAGUGCCAAACGGCGGCUCUCCUCGACACCAGAGCCAGUCUGCUACAGCAGCUCAGCUUCCGAGAUACUCGACCCCUUCUCGCUCCUCCCCGAAACCCAAACAGCACCUCCAAAGCCCAACUGCCCUGCGAGUCCCCUCUCCCAGUAAGCUGCGAACUCCAGCCACCCCCUCCCCACUGGCCUUGAGGCAGCCAGUAAAGGCCACAUCCAACCCCGGUUCUGCCACCUCCACCCCCACCCGCUCCCUGGCUCCUCCACGCAGUGGCUUGCCCCGCCCCAGUGCUUCUUCUGCAGGAGGAGGGAUCCCUCUACCUCGCAGCAAAUUGGCCCAGCCUGUGCGCAGAUCUCUUCCUGCUCCUCGGACCUACGGUGGCGCAGGUGACAACUGGAGAGAAGGUUGUUACUGAAAUGGGCCAGCAGGGGGCUCUCCAAUCAAACUAUAAACACAAGGAGGCAGACAUUACAACAUGGCACUUUAUCUACCUAGAUACCUUUUACAGUGAAGAGAGAGAGAGAGACGGAGACUAUGUCCCAAAAAUAUAUAAUUUAAAAAAAGGAGAGGAUAGUGUCCACAUCGCGUCAGAGAGGACCUCCCAUCGUGUUUCUCUGUGGGCUCCGGCUCUGGAGGGGUUAGGCAUGUAGUGCAGACAGCCCAGAAAAUGCCAAAGAAACCAGCCCGACUCCAGCUGCGCCAGCAGAGGACACAUCACCUGCCUUGGUUUGACUGCAAUCAUCUGUCAGACAGUCCAUAUCACUUCAUUGCUCAGCUUUCCUCCCACUCCUCUCCCUUGUUCUUUUCCCACCUCCCUCAGGUUGAAAUGUUUCCACACAUUUCUCUCUUUAUGCUCUGUGUUUAACAGAUGUAGGUGAGCGAUCUCUAUGAUGAUGCUGUGCAGGUGAAAUGUCCCGUAAUGUUAGAAAAUUGUGGAUGUCUUGCAACAGUGAAAGCACCUCUGUGUGGGUAUGACAUUUAAGAAUCUUUCCUCUUGUAAAAUCAGCCAGAAUGUAUGCACAAGUUUGUUUUGGAAAUUAUUUAUUCAAAUUAUUUAAGAAGUCUAUGUCCAAACAUCCAUAUCAGUAUUUUGUUUUAAGAUUUAAAUUCUUUAAAAUGUACAUUUUGAACCUCGACUGCAAGCUAACUCUCCAAAGCCUUUUAUUGCUUUCAAAGUGUCAAAUCAGGACUCGUGAGACACCCGGGUGAUUAAUGACGCCCUGGCCAAAGCCUCAGGUCUGAUUUGUACCGCAGUUUGCCAAGAUUAUACUUUUAAGUGCUGUGAUUGGUCAGUUUAAGAACAGGUUGACAUUAUCUAUUGAAAAAGAAACAUGAACUCUAAAACAUAUUUUUGUCCCCGUUUACGCAUUCAACCAAUUAAACCAAGACAACUUUGAUGUGACUCAUUAAACAGAUUUCUGUCAGUGUAUAUCAUUCACGCCACAAAAAUAAAAAAGGGUCUUGAAUAAGAUGACAAGAUGAAAAGGUUUUGCUGGCGUUUACCUCUUGUGCUAUGAACAUGAAUCAAAUGGUGUGCCAGUGUUAGGGAAGCUGUUCUGGUCAUUGGUGUGGUGGGUGUUAUAAAAACUAGUGCCUAUAAUUUAAAGUUUCACUUGAGUUUCAACAUCAUGUUUUGUUUGUUUAUCAUUUUGUGCCAAUUUCUGGUUUUGCCAAUAUUAUUUGCCAUUUUGCAUCUCUGCUUGGUUGAUCUGCUUGCCUGUUUUUUUGUAACUGAAUCAAUACAUUUAUAAUUGCUUUAAAGUGUUUAAAAUGCGCCUUCAUAUUUAUAACUAAUUACUCAUUCUGUAAAUGAAACUAUUUAUUAAAGAGAGAGGUGCCUCUGUAGAAGCUCAGAUUCAGUGGGAAGCUACAACGAAUGUUGCAAAAAGACAUACCACACCUUUUGUGUGACAGUUUUUGUUAUUGAACUUUUUUUUAUAUCCACAAACAUGACAUUCAGUUUCCCUGUGUAAAUUCACAUUUCAAAUAAAAGCUGAAAAGUU